UAGACUAUCUGUCUAGAACAACAUGGAUGUACCUAUCUAUGCGGAAGCCACGUUUUGCACCGCCACAAUACUUAAUUAGCUUUAACGUUCAAGGUGCAACCGUGGGCGCGUUAGCUUUCUUUUUGUCGCGUCUCUUACCAUCUUCAUCUUCGAGCGCAAUUCCACCAAUUCUCCAAUUGCGCGUCGAAGCAUGGCUCUCCCGCUGCCGCCAGGCCUUGUGCCGACUGAAGUCGCUUUUCUCUGCGAAAUGGAACUUGUUACCAUAGUUCCGCGCCAAAGACUCGACUCAAUUCCGCUGCUCAGUGGAAGCACCCCCGCUCUGCGACCGCCUCACCGAGCCGAGCUCCCGCUAUGGCUCGCGCUUCUGCUCAAGAAACAGCGGCGCGCUAAUAUCCUUCCGCCGCCCUGGUUACACCCGGACUCGCUGAAGGAUAUCCUACACCACGAAACGAACGAAGACCCCGAGGCCUUCUCCCCGCCUCCGCCACCGUUGAUGAGGUCUGACGGUAGGGGUGGCGUAAAGCCGUACGGACAAUCGUCGGCCGAGCGGAAGCCGGGGGAUAUGGUGCUGUCGCCGCCAUUUCUUCCCUCGUGUACGCAGGAGGCGCCUUCGGGCUACUUACCGUAUCACUGGCUCGAGCUGUCGGAGACGCUGCUGGCGCACGCGGCGGACGAUAUACCGAAUUCGCCCGAGGUACGCGCGUUGCUGCGGGAUCUCCAGGAAGUGCGCGCAGCGAAAAUGCGAGGGAGUACGGUGCACCUGGAAGGCGGCGAUGGUGUCCUUAAUCUACGAGGAGUUGGAGCUAUGGAAUUAGCGGAGAGCCGAGGGUUCGUGCUGGGUGUUGUUGAGGGAGUAAGGAAGCUGGGCGCGAGUGCUGAGGCGGGUAGGAGAGAAGAGGAAGAAGAGGAGCGCGCUAACGGGGGAGGCGAGGAGAGUGAUGAAGAGAUGGGCUUCUAAAAAUAGGAACUCGUCCCCCGACUACGAGAUACGAUAUGGCAUUUAAUGCGACACGAAACUUACGGGCAUUGGCAUAUCAUCUAAUUGGCGUUCUAUCACAUUGGCA